CCUCUAUGAGGCUGAGGCCGAGGCGGCCGUUAGCGUUGUCGCUCCGGGGGCCGCGGCGGGCGGGGCUCCGGCGGAGCCCCGGCCUAGUCCCCACCCCAGCCCGGCUCCCAGCCGCCCGCCCUCCCUCCCUCCCUCCCUCUCCCAGAUGCAGGGGGCCGAGCUCCGGGAUGGCGAGGCGGCGGCGGCGGCCGCUUCGUACCGUGUCCUAAGCCGCCUCCUCGGCUAUGGCGAGGCGGCCCCCGAGCCAGGCCCACCGCCGCCGCCCCCGAGCCAUGGCCCCCCGCCGCCCCCCUUCCUCGCGCGGCCCGGCCCGCGGGGCUCCCGGCCGCCGCAGCUGAUGGUGUUCCGCAACGUGGGUCGUCCGCCGGAGCAGGAGGACGCGGAGGCGGCUCCGGAGCCGGGACCCUCGGAACUGCUGUGUCCCCGGCACCGCUGUGCCCUGGACCCCAAGGCCCUGCCGCCGGGCUUGGCGCUCGAGCGGUCCUGGGGCCCGGUCGCUGGACUAGAGGCACAGUUAGCGGCUCUGGGGCUCGGGCAGCCGGCGGGGCCGGGGGUCAAGACGGUCAGCGGGGGCUGCUGUCCGUGCCCGUGCCCCCCGCAGCCGCCCCCUCCGCAGCCCCAGCCGCCGGCUGCCGCCCCGCAGGCCGGGGAGGACCCCACUGAAACGAGCGACGCGCUGCUGGUCCUGGAAGGCUUGGAAUCGGAGGCCGAGAGCCUGGAGACGAACAGCUGCUCGGAAGAGGAGCUCAGCAGCCCGGGCCGUGGAGGAGGAGGGGGCAGCCGGCUCCUGCUGCAGCCCCCGGGCCCCGAAUUACCUCCGGCGCCCUUCCCGCUGCAGGACUUGGUCCCCUCAGGGCGCCUGCAUCGAGGGGAGCAGCAGCAGCAGCAGCAGCAGCAACCGCAACCUCCCCCGCCGCCGCUGCCUCCAGGGCCCCUCCGGCCCCACGCGGGCCCUUCUCGGAAGGGUUCCUUCAAAAUCCGCCUCAGUCGCCUCUUUCGCACCAAGAGCUGCAACGGUGGCUCGGGAGGUGGGGAUGGCACCGGCAAGAGGCCUUGUGGAGAGCUGGCCGCUUCUGCUGCGAGCCUGACGGACAUGGGAGGCUCUGUGGGCCGGGAGCUGGACUCGGGGAGAAAACCCAGAUUGACAAGAACUCAAAGUGCCUUUUCUCCAGUCUCCUUCAGUCCCCUGUUCACAGGUGAAACAGUGUCACUUGUGGACGUGGAUAUUUCUCAGCGGGGCCUGACCUCUCCACAUCCUCCAACUCCCCCUCCUCCUCCAAGAAGAAGCCUCAGCCUCCUAGAUGAUAUCAGUGGGACGCUGCCUACAUCAGUCCUUGUGGCUCCGAUGGGGUCUUCCUUGCAGUCUUUCCCCCUACCUCCGCCUCCUCCACCCCAUGCCCCAGAUGCAUUUCCGCGGAUCGCUCCCAUCCGAGCAGCUGAAUCCCUGCAUAGCCAGCCCCCUCAGCACCUCCAGUGUCCCCUCUACCGGCCUGACUCAAGCAGUUUUGCAGCCAGCCUCCGAGAAUUGGAGAAGUGUGGUUGGUAUUGGGGCCCAAUGAAUUGGGAAGAUGCAGAGAUGAAGCUGAAAGGGAAACCUGAUGGUUCUUUCCUGGUACGAGACAGCUCUGAUCCGCGUUACAUCCUGAGCCUCAGCUUCCGAUCACAGGGUAUCACCCAUCACACUAGAAUGGAGCAUUAUAGAGGAACCUUCAGCUUGUGGUGCCAUCCUAAGUUUGAAGAUCGCUGUCAGUCUGUGGUCGAGUUCAUUAAGAGAGCCAUCAUGCACUCUAAGAAUGGGAAAUUUCUCUAUUUCUUGAGAUCCAGGGUUCCAGGACUGCCACCAACUCCAGUCCAGUUGCUGUAUCCAGUGUCCCGAUUCAGCAAUGUCAAAUCCCUUCAGCACCUUUGCAGAUUCCGGAUCCGACAGCUCGUCCGAAUAGAUCAUAUCCCGGAUCUCCCACUGCCUAAACCUCUGAUCUCUUAUAUCCGAAAGUUCUACUACUAUGAUCCUCAGGAAGAGGUAUACCUGUCUCUAAAGGAAGCGCAGCUCAUUUCCAAACAGAAGCAAGAGGUGGAGCCUUCCACGUAGCGAGGUCCCCUGUUGGUCACCACCAAGGGCAUCUGAUUGCCAAGCUCCAGUUUGAAGAGCCAAAUGAAAAAAAGAACUAGGAAAAAACAAGAGGGAAUAUGAAUCGCGAGUCUCUGUGCAGACUUUGUUUCCCCUGCAGCCCUGGGGCUUGGAAGAAGCACACAGCCAUACUCUGAGUGGGGCUCCACCAUUUGGCAUACCCCCAGAACUAGAUAAGCUCCUUGGAAAACUGGAAGAAGUCUCAACACUGUUUCUGUUUUUGUUUUUUUCAACAAGUUUUGGGUUUGAUAUUUCCAUUUCUCAGAAUGGAAAACUCACUUUGAAGGCAGCUAAGCUUUGUGCCCAUUGGACUGUAAGUAGUAUAAAGGAAGAUCAAGUCCAAAGGGUGGGGAGUAGAGGAGUCUAGUUCAGCUGGUGACAAAGGCAAAAUGUAGGUCCUCACCGUGGAUCUUAGGAAGAGCGAGGAGCCAAAGUAGAACUGGAAGUUUCUGUAGGAAGAAGAAUCAGCUCCUCAUUGCCAAGGAUCAGUAGGAUCUGGAGAAAGGAGGAUGGUGGUCGGCAGGGAAGAUUGUUAGAUAGACUGGCAAGUACUUUGCUAGAGGAAGUAGUGACUCCUCACAGCCCCCCUUGUAAGGGUUGGAAACUUGAUUUCAGAAUCAACUGUCGUGGAAUAUGUCUUCA